GUUUUUUUUUUGAAUUUUUUGUUUUGACGAGUGGAGUCCCUUACAUGUUUGAUACAUAUUCACGAAAGUAUAUGUAAAGAGCUAGAAACUGAGUCAAUUAAAAUUUUGACUCUUUCAUUAUCUGGUUGAUCUAUGCUGUAUUAUUAGCUUUAAAUAAAUAGCUGUAAAAAUAUAUUGACUGGCAUAGUUUUGAGUUUAAAAGCGUAUCAGGAAACGCCAAUGUUUACACAUCAAUCCAACACCGUGCGAUAUACUCGACAGAUGUGGAGGUUUGAUAGUCCACAGAUACUAUGGCUGCCAAUGAGAAAAAAUUGUUAGGAAGAUAUAAGAAUAAAGUCAUUUACACAUUGCAUUUGUUAAUUGCAAAUGACACAAAUUCAAGAAACAAGGUUGAAGAGUGUUUUCACAAAAUGCGUCUUGAAUGGAGAUGUCACGCACUAUUUAGCAUAAUGGCUGACACAAGGCAGGGGAGAGAAUAUCGGGAAAUGUCUAUUCGUGUCUUAGAAGCCUGCUUUACAAUUAAUUGUUUCAGUUUAGUAUACUCCGCUCUCUCAGUUUCAGCUCAAGAGGAAGUAUUGAAAAAUUUAGUGUCUUCUGGCAAUGUUGCAGUAUCCCGCACUUUCAGCAAAUGUUGGGGGGAGAUUAUUACACAAGCAGUAGAAUGCUUAAGCGAAGAAGACGAAGACUACAAAUGGCCUGCACUGAAUGCUUUAUUACUUGACUGGUCAACUCAUAAUUCUGUAUAUACAAUACAUACCUGCAUGCGAACAUUUGCCAGUGUACUCUUCAUUUUUAAUGCGUACGAUACACCUGUUUUUUUAAAUAAUAUACGGAAAUCCAUUAAAAGUUGUUUAUCUGAACGAAAUUCCAGUACUGUGAGACGUGCUGCUACGCUUGCAGUAUUCGAUUUUGUGCGGUUAAUGAGUACGCACGACAAUCUGUCAGAAAAGGUGAUCGCACAAUUUUCUGACUUCGUGCCCAAACUAAUAACGAUUGUGAAAGGAACCAUUAAAUUUGGUAGAAGUCGAAAACUGUUUCAGUGUCUAGUCAAAACCGUUAAAGAAUGCAGCAACUUUUUUAGUAAUCAUAUAGAAACUCUUCUAUCAAUAAGUUUUCAUGUGCUGACAUCGAUUAAUUUAGAAGCUUUAUGGAAUUACCUCGCUCUAGAAAUUGUAAUUACAAUUAUUGAGAAAUUUACUCCUAUAGUCGAGAAUCUGUAUAUUGAAUAUGUGUUAUACCUAUUACCGAUUUUAAUGGAUAUGGCGGAAAUUGUUGAAGAUGAUGAUGAAUGGCACGAAUGCGACGAAAAUUUUGACGAAGAUCCUUUUGAACCUCGUAAAGUUGCUCUUACAUGUUUUCACCGGCUAUUUAAAGCACUAGGGGAGAAAAUUUUAUUCCAACCUCUACUACAAACAAUAACGGCUAAAAAAUAUAGAAUGUCAUGGAAGGGAGUUCAUACAAUAAUAGGUGUGGCAACAACAAUUGUACGAAGUUUUCAGGUACAACAUGCUCCACCACGCAGUGAACAGUUUGCAUAUAGCCUAAUGUUCUAUUUGCAGCAUGAUCAUCCCCGUCUUCGCUAUUGUGUAUGUGAUCUGAUCAAUGCAUUAGGAUCGCAUCGCGAAAUUAUUGAAUCAAGAUUCUUUCAAAAUCGUUUAAUCCCAAUGAUGCGAGAUAUUAUAAAGUACGAAAAUGUACCAAGAGUGUCGCACAAGGCAAUGCAAACAAUGACAUUGAUAAUAGAAGAGGCUCCAUUCGUCGCUAUAAAUGUUUUUGCAGAAGAAUAUGUGGAAUUAAUUGAAAAGUCAUUAAAGAGACUAACUAAGAGCUUAGAGUUGGAAGGCAAAGUUCUGAUUCUAGAGGGGUUAUUAACUGCUUUAGGUGCAUUUGCCACGAAAUGUAAUAAAAGUGUACACAGCAACUAUAAACAGAUUUUGGAUAUAAUUUUAUCAAUUUUCAAAGUGGCCACAGGUGACAGGAUGUGGAGCUUACGAGCUGCAUGCUUUGAAUGUGCUGGUAAAAUAAUCUCAACUCUAAACAAAAAGCAAUUAAAAAACGAUAUUGAUCAUAUUAUGGAAACAUUUAUUGAUGUAAUGACAAAAACGAAUUUUGUGUACUACGAUAUAGAAGUAGUCAAACUAAUGUCUGCAUUCACUGACAUUUGUAGCACUAUUGGCAAAAAAUUUAAAAAGUACAUACCAACUAUAAUGAGAUGUUUUAAUCAGUGGGACAUUAUUGGUCCAAUCGAUGAAAUAUUAAGCAAAAUGACAGAUUCAGACUUUUACGCUGAACUGGAUGAUAUCAUAGCAAUAAAAUUAACUGCUUGUCAAAUGUUUACUGUUUUUGGCACUGCUUUAAAAGCAGAUUUUGCACCUUACGCUGAACAAAUAGUACCAAUGGUGCAUUCACUAUUUAGUUGCGAUUACUACUCUGCAGAUAUGUUUGCGUAUUUAGCGGUACCGAAACUUCUCCGUUGCUUCCGUGCAGAAGACCUCACACUUGCAAUGGAUGUUUGGAUUAGAAUGCAGGGUGAAAUAAUUAACUUUAUAAUUAGGAAAAUGGAUUUAAGGACACAGUUGAACUUACUGCCAAAUUUGUCACUAUGCUUCAAUAUUAUGCAAAAUUCCAGUUAUCAAGGUAUUGCUUUUCAAACUUUACUAGAUUUCAUAGACAGUAAAAUCACUUUUUACAUAAAUAAAACAAUUGAUCCACAAUUUCGAAGCAACUGCAGUAGUUACAUUAACAAUAUUGUCACAACAGACACAUCUGAUCCAUUAGUGCUGCAGAGUAUUAUACCACAUUCUUUAAGUUUACUACGUGCGCUUUUUGGAACCUAUGGAAAUAAUGUUCUUGAAAAAAUUGAUCAACUAAACCCGCAUUUUGUUACAAUAUUCAAUAAUGAACAAUGUCCAAUCGAUAUCCGCUACAUUCUAGAAGUAUAUAUGGAUGCCAUAAAAUGUUGCUCACAUAAAUGCCUUCCAUACAUUCAUUUAUUUACUGACAAACUACCUGGAUAUCUAAUAGGGGGAUGUCCAGCCAUUGUACGACAGGGUGCUAUUAUUGCUUGUGGUGUCAUAGCACAAUAUGCUGGCAUAUCGGUUGCAAGUCUAUGCAAAACAUAUAUGGAACUGCUUCUCUCCAUAAUAACUUCACGUAACAAACUUACCGAUGAAGAAGCUGCACUUAACAUAUUCGAUAAUGCUAUGGCUAGCAUUGCUCGAAUACUGCAAUUCAACUGCUCGGCCAUACCAUAUACUAAAGAGGCAUUCAAGUGCUGGUUCGAUUACAUGCCAAUAACUCAAGAACAAAGAGAAUGUGAGUACUGUAUUAAUUUCAUCUGUGAUCUGCUGGAUGCUAAACACGUCUACGUAAGCGAGUGUCGUACUGUUACGAAAGUGUUCAAAAUUUUUGCAGAUGCUUUUCGGUACGAUGUGAUCGAGCCACGUAGCCAGGAUGGUACACGCAUACUGUGCUACAUAAGACAUAUAGAGGAAAGCAUCGACACCUAUGCCGCAUGUAUGGCAACCCUGAAUUUCGAUCAACAAGACGCUUUGCGUUUAGCUAAUUCCAAGUUCAAUAACAAUGCAUUUUAAGAUAACUACAAUUAAAAACAAAAAAUUUCAAACUAAACGCAGAAGAUUUGAUUGAAACU